CCGCAGGAGCAGUGGAGAGAGUGUGUGUCUGACAGGACCACCCCGGCCGUGGAUGAGACACGGAAAGUAUUGGACUAGAAGUGGGGUGAGCGUACGACCACAGAGGAGAGAGACCCCUGAAGGAAGCGUGAACGCGGCCCCAGGACUCAUCCGUACUUUGGAGAAUCUCUGCUCACCUGAUUUCUCUUCACGUCUCCACCGGUGACAGUGCCUAACAACCGUCGCCAUGGGUGAAAUGGAGCAACUGCGAAAGGAGGCAGACAACUUGAAAGAUCAGAUAACCGCGGCUAGGAAGGCGGUGCAAGACACCACCCUGGAGGAGGCGGUGUCCGGCACGGCGGUGGUGAGCCGUGUACAGCUGAAGACCAGGAAGACUCUGAGGGGACACCUGGCCAAGAUCUACGCCAUGCACUGGGGAGCUGAAUCCACGCUAUGCGUCAGUGCCUCCCAGGAUGGAAAGCUCAUUGUGUGGGACACCAUAACGACCAACAAGGUAAACGCCAUUCCUCUGAAGUCAUCGUGGGUGAUGACGUGUUCAUACGCGCCCUCAGGGAACAUGGUGGCAUGUGGAGGACUGGAUAACAUGUGCUCCAUUUACAACCUCAAAGGCAAAGAUGGAAACGUCAAGGUCAUGCGUGAGCUGGCCGCGCACACGGGGUAUUUGUCCUGCUGUCGUUUCCUUAGCGACAGUGAGAUCAUCACCAGCUCUGGAGACUGUACCUGUGUGCUGUGGGACAUAGAGACAGGGACACAGAAGACCAUCUUCGCUGGUCACCUAGGAGACUGCAUGUCCCUGGCCGUGUCACCUGACUUCAAGAUGUUCAUCUCGGGGGCGUGUGACUUCACGGCUAAGCUGUGGGACAUCAGGGAGGGCACCUGCAGACAGACCUUUGGAGGACACGACAGUGACAUCAACGCUAUCGGGUUUUUCCCGAACGGCAACGCGGUGAUAACAGGCUCAGACGAUGCCACCUGCAAGCUGUACGACCUGAGGGCGGAUCAGGAGCUCAUCACCUACCAAGACUCCAGCAUCAUGUGUGGCGUGACCUCCCUGGCACCCUCCCUCUCCGGACGCCUCAUCCUGGCAGGGUACGACGACUUCAACGUCAACAUCUGGGACUCGCUGAAGAACGAGAGAGUGGGAGUCUUGGCUGGUCACGACAACAGAGUGAGUUGUAUCGGGGUAAGCACUGAUGGCAUGGCCUGCUGCACAGGAUCCUGGGAUAGCUUCCUGAAGAUAUGGAACUGAGUCUGUCCCAACAGAGAGGAAGAGGAGAGAGGGAGGGAGAGGGGGAGAGGAUGUACAGACAGGAUAUGAAAAACCUCCCUGUGAGGGAGAUGAUUGGUAAAGAGAGAGAGAGAGGCUUGGAAGAGAAAUUGGGGGAAUACACAUGGGAUGAGAGGAGUGUAUUUUUGUUGUGCCAAGUCCGAUCUAAAAUCGAAGAGAGGGAUAGUGAUAAAUGGGAGACAUUCUCUCCUCUUUCCACUUCUCUCUCUUCUUUAUUGAAACUCAAGUUGUGGGGGGAGGGGGUCAAACACAAAAUGUUAUCGACGAUGAUUUUGUGUCAUGGUUCAAACAGAAAUUCAAUCAUUUCAUUAUCAUUAGAUAAUAUGCAUAUUUAUUCCUGCAUCGAAAAAAUUACCCAUGACAUAAGAGCAGUUGCCAAAUGGAAAUGGUAGAGAUUGAAUGGAAAUAGGAUAAAAUAACCAAUUACAGCCUAUGUAGGUGUACAAUAAUUAUGUUGUUACGUUUUAUAUAACAGGUAGAGAUGUCUGUCGAAUGAAUUUGUCUGCGUUGCUCUUUCGUUUUAAAAAUAUGUUUUUGGUUUUGUAAGAAUCCCCUUAGUGGAUGUUCCAUGUUUGUUUUUGUUUAAUUGGGUUUUUUCUUUUUUUUAAGAUUAGAAUGGAUUGGUUAGCCAGCUCAUUUUUACUUUAGUGUCAGCGAGAUGUGUGUAUGUAUGUGUUUGAUAGAAGAUAUUUUUUCAAAAGUUUGGGCUGAAUCUAUUGGUCUACUCCACAAUAGCUAGAUAUGAAAAGAUACUAGCGCUUGCAGCGAACCCUUAGGCUGACAGAUGGGAUGUUAAAAUUGAUCUCAUGGUUCACUGAGCAC